GUUUUGAUAAGCGCCUGCGCGUCUCUUGAGGCGAGAGCAUCUCUGAAAGCGUAAAGAGGUGAGGCAUAGCCCUCUCAGAUCGUGCGCUGAUUAUAUGGAGUAAUAAUUCAUUUUUCUGAUGAAAAUGGAUGAAAAUACAUAAGGCUUUUUCUGUCCCGUGAAUAAUUAUCUUCAUUAAUCAGAAUAACGGCGCGUUUCAAUGAGCGUGCCCGCCGCAUCGUCGUGCUCCUGAAACAAACAUAUACAAGUUCUCCCUCUAUGGGGAUGAUAGAAAAUGGAGGAAAAAGGUCCACGCGUAGCAGACUACUUUGUGGUGGCAGGACUCACCGACUCUUCUAAGCCCCUGGAGGAAGAUGUCCACCCCGAGGAUGGCAGUCACAGGAACGGAGCUCAGCUUAAAGCUCCCAUCACGGAUGUGGCGGUGGUGAUUCGUUCUCUUGGAGAGGAGGUACCUCGAGGAUAUACCUGCCUUGAAUUUACACCCUCUGGCCUUUCUGCGGAGCUGAACGCAGGGAGUCUCAUGGGGCCACAGAUCUUUCUCUGUUACAGGAGAGGCAGAGACAAACCGCCGCUUACAGAUCUAGGUGUCCUCUACGAGUGGAAGGAGAAAUUGAAGCCAGAUUGUAACAUUAUACAGACUACGCCUUCUGGUCGCCCUGCUAAUAUCAGUAGCUCCUCCUCCCAAAGGAUCUACAUCACAUAUCGGCGUGCUUCAGAGAUCCACUCUCAUGCCACGCUGGCUGUCACAGACAUCUGUGUCAUCGUCCCCGGCAAGGGAGAGACGGCACCGCAUGCUUUCUGCAAAGUGGAAAAGAAUCUCAACAGUAGCAUGUGGGGGUCUUCUGUAUACUUGUGCUACAAAAAAUCUUUGGCCAAAACCAACACCCUGGCAUUCAAAGCAGGGCUGCUGUCCAGAUACCCAGAGGAGGACUACGAUUCUUUUCCUUUGCCUGAAUCCGUGCCUCUGUUUUGUCUGCCAAUGGGGGCGUCCAUCGAGUGCUGGCCCUCUCAAACCAAAUAUUCCCUCCCUGUCUUUUCAACAUUCGUCCUGACCGGCGCCUCUGGAGAAAAGGUUUAUGGUGCUGCCAUUCAGUUCUAUGAGCCCUACCCGGAGGAACAUUUGACUGACAAGCAGCGGUCUCAGCUGGGCCUUCUGGGUAACGGGAUCAGGUCCGACGGAUCUGUGACCGUCCACACCAACAAAAGCAUCUGCCUUCUUUCUCACUGGCCAUUUUUCGAGGCGUUUCGUAGCUUUCUUACCUUCCUCUACAGAUACUCCAUCUCGGGUCCACAUACUCUGCCUAUUGAGAAGCAUAUUUCCCAUUUCAUGCAUAAGGUCCCUUUCCCAUCAUCUCAAAGGCCACGUAUCUUGGUUCAGCUGUCCCCACAUGAUAGCCUGAUGUUGAGCCAGCCCAUUUCAUCUCCUCUCCCUCUGAGUGGUGGAAGGCUUUCUACACUUCUGUUGAACCUCGGACCUAAGAAUGCAGUAACACUUUUGGUGUUGGCUGUCACUGAACACAAGAUUUUGGUGCACUCUCUACGUCCAGCUGUUCUGACCAGUGUUACAGAGGCCCUGGUGUCGAUGAUCUUUCCCUUUCACUGGCCGUGCCCAUACAUUCCUCUCUGCCCGCUGGCCCUGGCAGAUGUGCUCAGUGCUCCAUGUCCAUUCAUUGUAGGGGUGGACUCGCGCUACUUUGACCUCUACGAGCCACCAACAGACAUAAGCUGUGUGGACCUGGACACCAACACUAUAACCUACAAAGAAGAGCGUAGAGCCCUGACCUGGAAGAUGCUGCCAAGAAAAGCCUGUAAACAUCUGAUCAACACCCUUAGUAAUCUCUACCACCAACUGGAUGAAGGUUAUCAGAUGAGGCGCGAGGAAGGCCAGAUGGAGACCUUCAUGACCGAGCGGGAACCUGGCAGUGGUGGGAAGAGUUUGGAAACCUUGGAAAUGGAAAUUCAGGAGGCUUUCUUGCGCUUUAUGGCGGCCAUCUUAAAGGGUUAUCGCUCGUACCUGCUGCCCAUCACGCAGGCUCCUUCUGAAAAAGCAACUGAUGCUAGUUCACUGUUUGAUCUGCAAGGCUUUUUGAAGAGUCGUGACCGAUCCCAUCAAAAGUUUUACUCCCUCAUGACAAAGACUCAGAUGUUUAUCCGUUUCAUCGAAGAGUGCUCUUUUGUCAGCGAUAAGGACGCGAGUCUUGCUUUCUUUGACGACUGUGUUGACAAGUUAUACGGCACAGAGAAGGGAGGAAAGGUUGACAGCGAGAAGCCUGAGGAUACAAGGCUUAUUGAACUUGACAAAUCUCAUCGUAGUGAGCACACGGUGUACAUCACCCCGCCGGAGCUGCCAGCACUGCCUGAAGGAGAGGAGCCAUCUAUGGUCUAUAGCUACAAUGGGUUUCCAGUACUGAACGUUCGACUCUUUGAGCUUCAGGAUGGUCCCAGAAUCCCCACAGCACCUUCAGUUUUGAGACACAUUAGUCCCAUCAGCCCAGCUGCCAUUUUUAGACGCUCCCAACAGGAGAUCAAAUCAGCACAGAGGAUGGCAAAGACCUACUCCUCCAUCCCUCAGAUGUGGUCCAAGUGUCUUCUCCGGCACUGCCACGGCCUGUGGUUCAUCUGCCUUCCCUCAUACGUCAGCGCGUGCCACUCCAAAGCGCGGGCACUGCAUACUGCCUACGACGUGCUGAGAAACAUGCAGGACAAAAAGUUGCAGCCCCCUGAUGAGGUCUGUUACCGGGUUCUGAUGCAGCUGUGUGGACAGUACGGACAGCCUGUGCUUGCCGUUCGGGUUCUGUUUGAGAUGAAGAAAGCUGGCGUCCAGCCCAACGCCAUUACCUAUGGAUAUUACAACAGGGCCGUACUGGAGAGCACAUGGCCUUCCUCCACCAGAGGGGGUUACUUCCUGUGGGGAAAGUUGAGAAAUGUGGUUCGGGGUGUGGUGCUGUUUAAACAAGUGUGGAGGAGACGGAUUGCCCACCCAAGAGACACCCAUUCUUCUGAUGCCAGUGAUCUCGAUAACGUCAGCCACGGCAGCCUGGACAGCUCCAACGAUUCUGCAGAACGAGUCUCAAUCGAUGCCGACUUCACUAAAAUGGAUUCCAGCGAUGACAGAUCCAGCACAGGUGGACAGUCGGAUCAGGGUUAUGACUCUUUGUCUAAAGAGGAGGUGAGGUUAGGAGGAGGUGAGGAGCAGAACUCUUCUCCAGACAUGAAGGGGCAGGACAUGGACAGCCUAUUGUCUCAGUCGGUGCUCCUAAAAAAAGAAAACUCAUCCCCCGUGCUUGGAUUCCACCCAUCCAAAACCAACGGGGAAACCGGCACUCUCUUUUCUGAAGCCCUUCCAAAAACUAAAAGGCCAAACUCCCUGGAUAUUUUUGGAGGGAGGCCUUUAAGGCCCAGCACACUAGACUUAAGCCCAAAGAAGACAGUAGGCGAAAAAGAAGCAGUGGGGGGCGUCCUGAGCCCACCUAAACUCGCUGUGGAGAGGACUGUUAGCUGCACGGUUGCCAUGGAGAGGGAGAACGUUGCCAUGGAGAGGAGCAUGAGCUGCAGCAGUGCUCUUGGGCGACCGGUUAAGCGAAUGGGUAUUGAAGCAGGGUUUGAUCCUCUCUCCCUCAUGGCCGCUGAGACUAAAUCCCACAGUGAUAAUACAGAUACCCCCACCACCCGUCGACACCUGGCCGAAGAGAUUCAUCACUACAUGAACAACCUAAGUAGUCCGAUAAGCCAGCGUUCUCUCAGCGUGGACCUGAAGGGCCACCAGACCCCAUCUCCUCAUAGCUCUCCGCGCAUGACCGCACUGGCCGGCUCCCCCAGCGCUUCUCAGCUCCAACCUCAACCACGAACCAGACUCUUCUCCUCACCUUCCCUCCCUCAGGGCCGUGCCCGUAGGGUCAGAGGGCAGCGACCCAAUUCUCUGGCUUCUCCUUCACCGACUCACUCCACUUCGUCCUUCUCUAUGGACUCUCUGCUCACCCCAACACUGGACGUGUUUAAGAGCAGCUUCCUGUCUGCAGGGAAGGGGGUCGCCGAGAAAGCCAGUCGCUUGUAUUCGCGACUUUCCUCCCAAAGCUCCAUCGCACAGGAUUUGAACUCUGAUCGGGUCAGCGUUUCCUCACUCGGAUCAGGUGACCCUGAUUUUUCCUCUCUGAUUGAGAAUGAUUGCUGCGUGGACCCCGACAGGCUUUCCUCUCCUCAGCGGGAUGGAGCUCAACCCAUCACACGUCCCAAAAAGAGCCCUCACAGGAGCAAAAACUGCCAGGAAAGCCCAUCCACACCGCCUCGACUGUUUCGCCAGUCAUCCCUUACUGGAUCGUCUUUGACAUUAAUGAAAGCACUGCAGAGCCCAGACGCGUGUGCUGAUACGAACCUCGCUCAGUCUGCGCAGAACUACGCUAUUGAAGUACGUAUGUCCAGUUGUUCACGCUGUAACACCUGUGAGUGUUUGGUGUACGAUGAAGAGAUUAUGGCCGGAUGGACGGCUGACGACUCCAAUCUCAAUAGCACGUGUCCGUUUUGCGGCUCCCCGUUCUUGCCCCUUCUUAACGUGGACAUCAGAAACAUGGGUGACCAAGACAGAACCUCCACCCAAGACUCUCAUAGUGGCCAGACAGAUGCAGUAGAGGAACCAUCACAAGUUGAUGAUGAUGGCGCUAGUAAACUGUACAGCAAUGACCCUGAUCCGGUUACUGUGCCCUAUUUGAGUCCUCUGGUGCUUUGGAAAGAACUGGAGAGCUUGUUGCAGAACGAGGGCGAUCAGGCCAUCUCAUCGGCCGCCAUUGUGGAUCACCACCCCAUCGUAUUCUGGAACCUUGUGUGGUUUUUCCGUAGGCUGGACCUACCCAGCAGCCUGCCAGGAUUGUAUUUGAGCUCCAAACACUACAACAGAGAUGCACAGCCUCAAAACUGUGCAUCAGAAGACAGUAAGAACGUCUUAGUCCAAAUCCUGUGGGACAACCCUAGACUGCAUCAGGACCCUAUCCAGCCCUGUUACUUGCUCUGGAAAUCAUAUUGUGCAAAUCCUUCAGUAUCUGCUGCUCUGUGGGAAGAGGAGCAGGCGGUGAGCUUAGAGCUGCUGCAGAGCGUCGUGAGGAGCAUUCAGAGGAACAACGUCUACCAGCCCAUGAGUCAAAUACUACAGCUUCUGGGCACCAGACUGGGCUUCGUCAGACAACGGAGCUUAUAUAGAGACAUCCUGUUCCUGUCAUUAGUGGCUUUGGGAAAGAGCAGCAUAAAUAUUGAUGCAUUUGACCGCGAAUAUAAAAUGGCAUACGACCGUCUGACUCCAAGCCAGGUCAAGAUGACCCACAAUUGUGACCGACCACCAAGCGCUGGAGUCAUGGAGUGCAGGAGAACCUUUGGGCUGCCUAACCUGUGAUUUCACCUUCAUUAAUUCUCUCAUUUCCCCUCACAUUCAUGACACCAAGUCAUCCGGAGAUCUAGGAGGUCCAAGCCAAAGAAGGAAUUCAUUCAUGUGAUCCUGAAUGUAACCAAAGCUACCUCUGGUUCUCAUGAGGUCCAUUUUGACACAUGGAAAAGACGGCUCCUGGCUCCUAGUAUGUUCUUUUUGUACAUUGUCUAUGAAUGGAGCAUUUUAUCAUACAUCCUCUCGACAUUAUCUUUGCUCUUCCAUCUGUCUCGGAAGCUACAUUUAAAUCAUCUAGCGCCACUCAGGUAAACUUAAAAUCUGAGGCCAUUGUAGAUUAGGAGCAAUAGCAUUGUGCUCAGGUCAUUUUGUUACUCAAACGGUUAAAUCUUGGAGUGGAUUUGGGACCAGUAGCUGUAGAACAAUCAAACCACAUUUAGUACACAUAGUAUUGAAGCACAACGAACAAGCUCACUACACAAAGCCCACUUGGCAACUUGUAUACAUUAUAUCACAUACGAAGAGACUUUUGUGUACAUAUGUGUAUUAUUAUUAUUAUUAUUAUUUUGAAUAUUUGUAUGAUACAGUUAUAUUUUAAGACUGGAAUUUGUUAUAAUUGACGUGUCUCCAUUUGUAAAAAAUAUGCUGUUGUAUGGAUAGGUUUCAGUUGGGGUGGUGUUUAAUGUUCUGGUCUUGAGGACCGGUUGUGUUUGACUAUCAGUGUGGUUUUAACUCAUGAGGUACAGAAAAGGACCAAAUAUUCAUUCAUGAAUUGGUAAGAAAAAUGUUUUAUGGGAUUUGAAGAUGAGAUUAAUGCCUUAUUUUGGGGCAGACUAAUCAUGUAAAAACUUUAUGGAGACAAAUUAUAACAGGGUAUAAACAGUAAUGAAGUACUGUACAAGUAUAAGAUUUAAUGAAGUGAAAAUGGACUGUUAAUGUCAUUUUUCUAAUUCAGAAUUUUCUUUCAUAUAUGGUAUUGGUUUUUAAUUUGAACAUUGAUUUUUGAAUUAGAUACUACAUGAACAUAGUCAUGAUACAUAAAACGAAGAACUUGAAGCCUUUGAGCAUACAAGCACUUAAUUUCAUGUAAAAUGUCACUGGAACUGUUGUGUUCAAAUACUGCUCAGUUUUCUCGAUAAUGUUCAUUUAAGAUGCACUUUGAGUCUGUUUGUUGUGUAAAAGGGUUUCUGAAUUGUAAAUGCUCUUGGCAAGCGUAGUUUACCAGUUAUGUACUAGUACACAGUGAUGCAUUGAUGUUAGAAAAAGAAAAACAAAUAACACUGCCUGAAUAUUUUGGAUAAAAACAGCUACACAAACUGUUUUAUUUGGUUUAUCGACAGUGGCUGCCGGUGACUUCUUUUUUCGAGGGCGCUCGAUGCGAAGUUCGUCACAACAUGUAUGUAGCCCGUCAUGUGUGUGGUUUGUAAUUUCAAAAUAUGUGUUUUGUGCAUCACGUGAUCCUAUGUGCAUCACGUGUCUUGUCAAAAUAAGUGCCUGCUGCAGACGCGUCUAAAUUGUUUAUGAUAAAAGAGACGCUCGCGUUUACCAGAUACUCACAUAAUCUCAUGCGUAAUCAGAGUUUACUGUUGUGAACGUAAGCGUCUCUUUUAUCAUAAACGGUUUUGACGCGUGUGCAGCAGGCACUUAUUUUGACAAAACACGUGAUGCACAUGAUGCAACAAACACAUAUUUUGAAAACACAUGACACUCCGAACACUUAUUUUGAAUUUGCGCCUCUCGGAUGAGCAGUCACGAGCCGCCACUGCUUAUCGAACUGAUGCUGUGUAAAACUAAAAAUGUUAGUGUUAAAGCAGUUGUUCUAUCACCUGCUUUUUAUCUCCAUAUGGCAUAGUGAAAAACAGGCCUGUUUCAUGUAAGUUAACUUAAACAAUUAAUGUUUAAGAUUCUUGUUUGUUUUUUUACAAAACAUUUUAUGUUAGGGCAAUGUGCUUUACAUAUCAAUUCUUUUGUUACUUCUAUUUAUAUUUGUAUAUAUCAUUUUGUCAGAUCUGAGCUGGAUCUAUAAAAUUGUUUAGAACUGUAAAUAAACAUAUGGUACUCAAACAAACUGCCUCCAGUACUAUGUUUGUGUUACUGAAUGGAAAAUAAUGCAUGCCACAUUUAUACCCUGUUUAAUAUCAAUAUGCCUAUAUUCAAUAUUGUUCAAACAGCAACAUGACAAU